GCAGAGUGAACAUCUCCUCCCUGUUUCAAACAGGGAGAAGAGGAGCAGCCAUGACUGUGAGAGCAGCAGUGACUGGACUGGUUAUCUUUCUUCUCUCUGUGCCAGUGGUCCAGAGUCAGAAUGGCUGGGGAGUGACUUAUUCACAAACUGAAGUCUGUGCCUUGGAAGGAUCAACAGUGGAACUAAGCUGCACCUACACAUAUCCACGUUCUGGCAAUUAUAGAGUUACUAAAUCAUUCUGGUUUACUAAAACACAGAAUAAUGAACCUGUUGAUGUGAGAACAGACUCACAGUACACAGGACAUGUGACGUACAGUUGUGGAGGGAAACGCUGCACUCUGAGAAUCACUAACGUAGAGAAGAGAGACUCAGCUACGUACAAGUUCAGCUUCAUAACAAACCAAGCUGGUGGCAGAUUUACAGGAAACCCUGGAGUCAUUUUGUCUGUCAAAGAUCCAGAUCUUCAGGUGCAGGGAACUUCUUCAUGGUCCAAGCUAGAACUGAAAUGUCUCAGCAGUUGUCUUUCACCUCAUCAUGUCUCCUAUGUCUGGUACAAGAAUGGACACAAAAUCUCUGCAGUAGAAUCUUCUUAUUCAGCCGAGUAUGUUUAUGAAGACAGCUACUCCUGUGCUUUGAAAGGCUAUGAGGAUUUCCCCUCUCCUCUGUACUGUUACUAUGAUUCUUCCUGUAACAAAGUGAAAUACACUCACAGAACCAUCUGCGCCUCCAGAGGCUCAUCAGUGGACAUCUCUUGUUCUUACAGAAGUUAUGAAAGCAUCAGGUCAAAAUUCUGGUUCAGAUCUGAUCAAAGUCAGCAGGGGCAACAUGACCUACGACCUAAAGACCUCAGAGAAGAUUCCCAGUAUGUAAAUCGUGUUCAGGUCACUGAGUCUUGGAGAGACACCACCCUGAGAAUCUCUGAGCUGAGAGAGAGCGAUUCAGCCGUCUAUCGUUUCACAUUUACAGCAGGAAGCUCUGGAUGGGGGACCAGUUUACCUGGUACAACUCUGACUGUAACAGCUCUACAGGUGCAGGUGAUGAAGAUAACAACCCACCAGUCUCACACAGAGGCAGAGCUGAGAUGUUACAGCAGCUGCAGUGAAGCCGAUCGUCUUUCAUACGUCUGGUUCAGGAACGGACAGAAAGUUGCCCAGGAGAGUAAAUCUACUACUAAAAUCAGAUAUGAUCCUGAAGAUGAGAUCUACUGUGCUUUAAAAGGACAUGAGAGAUUUCCCUCUCCAUCAGUGUAUGCUCCCAAAGUUUCCUCUGUAGUUUUGAACUCCACUGGUGAGAUAGUGGAGAGCUCCUCUGUGACACUGACCUGCAGCACUGAUGCUAACCCAGCCGCUAAUAUCACCUGGUUGAAGAAGAACGGACGCCAAGACUUUGAACCUUUCAGCAGUGAACAACAGCUCAUCUUCAGCUCCAUCCAGUCCUCUGAUGCAGGAGAGUAUAGGUGUAGAGCAGAGAACAGUCUGGGGCGGAGAACAUCUGCACACAUCAUUAUUGAUGUCAAAUGGUCAAUGAAAUCAGUAACUGCUGGAUUGGUCACUGUUAUUUUCCUGGUUAUCAUUCUCCUCUCCAUCUUCCUGUUGAUAAGAAAAAAGAGAUCCUCAGGAGAAACCAACAAGCCUGGAGGAAGGCUGGGCAAUAACAGAGAGCUCAAUAUGGCCUCAGCUAAUGAUGACCCACCAGCUUCAGCACGAAGACAGCCAGCUGAGGAACAGGGAGAACUGUGUUACGCCACCAUAAGCUUCUCAAGAAACAGUGAAGAUCCUCUCUACUCCAACGCUUUGCAAACUAAACUCGACAGACUGAGGACCAAAAAUGAUGAAGAGGAGGAUGAGGUGGAAUACUCUGUGGUCAAAAUUACAAGUGCUCGUUCCCUCCCAGAAUCAAGAUGUCAGGAGGUUGUUGAGGAUCCAUCUGAACUGUACAGCACGGUCAACAAGAAACCAAGAGCAUGAAUGUAAAUUACAAAUAAAAACAAAUUAGUUAAUUUAUUAUUAAAACCUGUCUUUACCAUUUACUGCCAUUCAUUUAGAUGGAACAUCUUCAACCAGGAAGGGGCGGGGCCAGCGUUGCUUGCAGAGCACCUGGAUGGAUUGUUGUGUUCAGUUAUAAAGCAUCAAAUUAGUCCUUUAUUUUUGAAAAAGGUUAGUUAAGCUGGUGAAAUUACAUUGCUGGUGUGGAGGCUUGCAUUGACUCACUACAGGUUAAAAAAAUACAGAUUUUGUGCGAAUUAUUUGCACGAAAAAAUCUCUGGUGACCUUUCUGAUAUUUUGCCAUCACAGCUGUUUUUUUGUCUUAUAGAGUCUUUACACUCUGUGGUUAUUGGUGUUUAAUGUAGAUAAUUGCACUGAUGAAUGUUAAAAAUAUCUGAUAUCUUUUAUAGAACAAUAUUAAUUUAAUGAAAUCUCUCUAAAGCUGUGAGGUUGUUCAAGUUCAGUAUUUUAUUUUCCUUGUUUUAUUCAGUCUGAGGUAGCUAUCAGGCUAAACAACAGUCUUUGUUACUGUUUGUCUGCUUUUUGGUGUUAAUAUCAGAAAUAUGAAAGGUCUAUGAGUCGUACUCUGAUCUGAUCUUUUUUAGUCACACCUUUCCCAAACCAAAACUUUAGAAAAACAGUUCAGACUGAAUUUGUUUGUUCAUGCUUUUAUGUAUUUUGGCAGCUUUGGUGCCAGUUUUUGAUAAUGCUGACAAAGCAAUAUUUAAGUGCAGAACUCUCUUUGUUACUAUCCAAAGUCAUUCUGUCCAUUAUUUAGCCCAUUUAUUCUAUUUGGGGUCAAAGGGGGCUGGAGCCAAUCCCAGUGGUCAUAAGGCGAGAGUACACCCUGGACUGGGCGACAGUCAGUCACAGGGCUGACAUGUAGAGAUGACCAGGCGUGCUCACAUUCACACCUAAGGGCUAAUUAAGGGUGACCAAUUAACAAGCAUGUGGACUGUGGGAGGAAGCCAGAGUACCUGGAAAGAAAGAGAACAUGAAACACAGGAAAGGCCGUGUAUGACAGCAGUUAGAAUCAGGAACCUUCUUACAGUGAAAAUUAUUUGUUUAUUUGGAUCCCCAUUAGCAUCAGCAUUCACUCUGGACUAUUCUUCCUGGGGUCAGUAAUCGAUUUUUUAAACUGAAGAUGCAGAAUUUUAAUCUGGCUCUUGAUUUGGAGGGAUUUUAGAAUCUUUGUUUUUAACUUUCAUAUAUUUUAGAUUAUAUCCUGAAUAUUUUGAGUUGUAUCUCUUUUUAACAUUUUGUUUUAAGCUGUUUUUCAUGUUUAAUUUAUUGUGCUGUUGAUUAAUUUUUUUGUUUUAUUGUUUUAGCAUUAAAUUAUUCUGUUUUGGUUUAGUCCAUGCAUUGUUGUUCAUUUCUGUUUUAUUUCCUGUUUCUAUAAGUUGUGAAACACUUUGUGCUUCAAGCUUUUAUAUAUGAGACGUUUCUGUAUAAAGUUGAAUUGAUUUGAGUUGAGCAUGUGGGCUUCUUGGUUUACAAAGAUGUAUUGGUUUGAUAUUUUAUAGGAAAAAUGCUGAUAAAGGUGCACUGAUAUUUGAUAUUGUUUUAUUGUGAUAUUGUGAUAAUAGUAACAGGAAACUCAAAUUAAAGCUGAUUAGAUUAUUGAGAUUUGAAUAAACAGUGACAGAGCUCUGUGUCUGAAAGUACAGGAGAAUAAUGGGUUAAAAUAGUAUUUUAAACAGUAAGAUAAAACAGCUUUCUAUGCAUUAGAUUGUCUUCUUUCAUAAUUCCUCUGAAUGUGAAUAUUUAGUCUAAAUGUCUCUCAGAUAUUGUUAUCUCUCUUGUAUUUGACUGUUAUUGUUUGUUUUCAUUCAUAAAUGAUAAGGAAUCUCCAGUUCAGUUUAAUGUCAAAGGUCACCGUGGCUCACACAAGAUUAAAAAAGCUGAACCACAGCAUGAUGGAACCAGAGACGAUAAGCUGCAGAGCCUCAGUGAACCGAUCUUCAACGUUAAAAGAAACCCUGCAUGAUGAGACAAGUUCAUCUUGUUGGACAGAUAUUUGUAUCCCUCAUAUGUCUAUUGAACUAAAAAACUCAGUAGAUAUCUGCAUUUUGAGUAAUUUGAGUUUAUAAACUCACCAGGAGGCCGCCAUGUUUUGGUCUGCACUGGCACUGUGGCAUCACUUAGCCGCAGCGCUCCUCGCCGUUUCUACGCAGUAACCACUGUUUCAGACUGACAGCCAGUGUUAGGGCUGAUCUCAGAGACGCUGCACGUCUCACACACGGAGAAUUUUAUGAUUUGAGGUCUCUUCUGUUUUUUUCCUUGCACCACCAGCGGUGGUUUUAAAAAUAUUCAACUCCUUCCUGAAAAUAGUCGCUGUGAACAUUUCAUAAAUGCUUUACCCUGACCAACAUUAACCUUUAUCAACAUCUCAUUAAAAACCUUGUAGCUAAGUUUUCACAUUGACACUAUAUUGAGUUUUAUAAAACAUCUUUGUGUCUCAAACUGACAGUGAAGAGUUUCACAUUCUUGUUCUGCACUUUUCUCACACUUUUGACCACAGACAGACCCAACCAAGC